AUGCUUCAAAGAUUAGCUUGUCUCUGCGUGACUGGAGCGAAGAGCUCAACAGCGACGAUGUCGUUAGAGACGCUGCUUUUUCUGCCGCCUUUGGAUCUUUUUGUCAAGUCCGUGGCUUUCAAUUCCUCUGCUAAUGUACGUAAUAAUGGUUGGUGGUCCUCAGCGAGUGAUACAGGCCACGCCUCAAUCGUUAAUCUGAUCGAUGACGAUCGCCUGAAAAUGCCCAGCGACCAGAUUAGGGCAGAGUAUAUGUUAGACGAUAAUUUUGAUUGGCUUAUUCCAACAGAAGAUGAAUGGCUGGUAGAAGGAGGUGUCUAUCCUCCCUCUAGUAACGUGGUUUGUUUUACUGACGGAUCCAAGAAGGAUGGUCUAACGGGAGCGGGUUAUCUGUGCGAUUAUCUGGGCCUAGAGCGCAGUCUGUCAACUGGCUAUAUUGCCUCAGUAUUUCAGACAGAGUUGUUUGCCAUCUCAGAGGUUUGUGCAGAAAUGCAGUGUAUUAACGUAUCCAAUGAGGAUAUAUAUAUCUGUACCGACAGUCAAUCCGCGAUUCAAGCGGUAAGUUCACCCUAUGUUAGGUCAAGAACUGUUCUAGACUGUAAGGUUGCACUGAAUGCCCUUGGGGUGUCCAACUCGGUUACGAUCCUCUGGGUACCUGGUCAUAAAGGUAUUGCGGGAAAUGAAAGAGCCGAUCUCCUGGCAAAUAAAGGAGCGGAGUCAGACUUUAUUGGACCGGAGCCGAUGUUUGGAAUAACUGCGUCCACCAGAAAGGCCAUUGUAAAGGAAUGGUUGCUUCGGGAACACAAAAAGAGAUGGCAGCAAUAUGAAGGAGCCAGACACACAAAGAUUUUCUGUAGGAGCCCAUCAUUGAAUUUGAGGAAGUCCCUCUUAGAUCUGAAAAGGAGUGAUAUCAAGAGAAUUGUCGAAGCUGUUUCAGACCAUGGGGAAUUAAACAAGCAUCUCUUUGACAUCGGUCACGCUGAUAGCCCUAGAUGUCUCUGUGGACGUGGUGAAGAGACCGGAUACCACGUGAUAAGCGACUGUCCGAGGUAUAGAUAUUUCAGGAGAGCGUUUCUAGGCAAACCAGAACUUUCUGGUCUGGACCUAGAUGUCAGUUCCAUGGAUUUAACCAAUCUGGCUGUUUUUCUUAAGAAAACCG